CGACCCUCGCACCCACCAAAACGCCGAGAUUGGGCGAAUAGCGAGCAAAUACGUCCGCGUUUCUCUACCCGCUCCCCCGCCGACCUCCCCUCCUCACUCCCCGGCGCUGACAGCGGACAAGGCCGAGGUCGCAACAGAGCAGGCCCGGCCGCCGAGGCUCGACCUGUCCACUCCACCUCCGCAUCCUACCACACCUCACCAGCAGUCCAGAACCCGGUUCCCCGCCGAGCCGACCCUGGACAAGGUCGAGGGUAACCGAGAUAGCAGGGAGCCCCGCAUCACCACCACAACAACAACAGCUGCCAACAUGAACCACCACCAUCACCACACGCAGCAGCAGCAGCAGCAGCAACAGAAAGCCGGCGAGCAGCAGCUCAGCGAACCAGAGGACAUGGAGAUGGAAGCUGGAGACACAGACGACCCUCCGAGAAUCCCGGCCAACCCAGUGAUCAAUGGUAACGUGGCCAUGGCAGAUGGACACAACAACACAGAGGAGGACAUGGAGGACGACACCAGUUGGCGGUCAGAGGCGACUUUCCGCUUUGUAGUAGAACGCUUCAGCCGCCUGAGCGAGUCAGUGCUCAGCCCGUCCUGCUUUGUCCGAAACCUUCCAUGGAAGAUAAUGGUGAUGCCGCGCUUCUAUCCUGACCGGCCACACCAGAAGAGCGUGGGCUUCUUCCUGCAGUGUAACGCAGAGUCAGACUCCACGUCAUGGUCAUGCCACGCACAGGCCAUGCUGAAGAUCAUUAACUACAAAGACGACGAGAAGUCCUUCAGCCGCAGAAUCAGUCACCUGUUCUUCCACAAAGAGAAUGAUUGGGGCUUUUCCAAUUUCAUGUCCUGGAGUGAUGUGACUGAUCCAGAGAGGGGCUUCGUCGAUGAUGACAAAGUCACCUUUGAAGUCUAUGUCCAGGCAGAUGCCCCACAUGGAGUGGCCUGGGACUCUAAGAAACACACAGGCUAUGUUGGACUGAAGAAUCAAGGAGCUACCUGCUACAUGAAUAGCCUGCUACAGACUCUCUUCUUCACCAACCAGCUACGUCGGGCUGUGUACAUGAUGCCCACAGAGGGAGAUGACUCUUCCAAGAGCGUUCCCCUGGCACUGCAGAGGGUUUUCUACGAGCUGCAACACAGCGAUAAACCCGUCGGCACCAAGAAACUCACCAAGUCCUUUGGAUGGGAAACACUAGAUAGCUUCAUGCAGCACGAUGUACAGGAGCUGUGCAGAGUGCUCCUGGACAAUGUGGAGAACAAAAUGAAAGGCACUUGUGUUGAGGGAACCAUUCCCAAGCUCUUCAGAGGAAAGAUGGUGUCAUACAUCCAGUGUAAGCAUGUGGACUACCGGUCAGAGCGGAUAGAGGACUAUUAUGACAUCCAGCUUAGCAUAAAAGGAAAAAAGAACAUCUUCGAGUCUUUCAAAGAUUAUGUUGCAACCGAGCAGUUAGAUGGAGACAACAAAUACGACGCAGGAGAGCAUGGCCUGCAGGAAGCAGAAAAGGGAGUGAAGUUCCUUACCUUCCCUCCAAUCCUUCAUCUGCAGCUGAUGAGGUUCAUGUAUGACCCACAGACUGACCAAAACAUCAAGAUUAACGACAGGUUUGAGUUUCCUGAUCAGUUGCCCCUUGAUGAGUUCCUUCAGAAGCCAGACUCCAAGGACCCAGCCAACUACAUCCUGCAUGCAGUGCUAGUGCACAGCGGGGACAACCAUGGCGGUCACUACGUCGUCUAUCUUAACCCAAAAGGGGACGGCAAAGUGAGUGUCAAGGAACCAAUAUGGUGUAAGUUUGAUGAUGACGUGGUGUCGCGGUGCACCAAGGAGGAGGCCAUAGAGCACAACUAUGGUGGACAUGACGAUGACCUCUCAGUGCGCCACUGCACUAACGCAUACAUGUUGGUCUAUAUCCGUGAGUCCAAGCUCAGCGAGGUGCUCCAGCCAAUGACUGACGUGGACAUCCCCCAGCAGCUGGUGGAGCGUCUGCAGGAGGAGAAAAGGGUGGAGGCACAGAAAAGGAAGGAGCGCCAAGAGGCUCACCUCUACAUGCAGGUCCAGAUGGUGACAGAGGACCAGUUCUGUGGUCAUCAGGGCAACGACAUGUAUGAUGAGGAGAAGGUGAAGUACACAGUCUUCAAGGUCCUGAAGAGCUCUACACUGCAAGAGUUUGUCCAGAACCUCUCCCAGACCAUGGGUUUCCCACAGGACCAGAUGAGGCUGUGGCCCAUGCAGGCCCGGAGCAAUGGAACCAAGCGACCCGCCAUGCUCGACUACGAGGCUGACUGCAGCAAGUCGAUGAUCGACUUGAGCGACAACGAGAACCCCUGGACAAUAUUUCUGGAGACCGUGGAUCCAGAGAUGGCGGCCAGUGGGGCCACGUUACCCAAGUUUGACAAAGACCAUGAUGUCAUGUUGUUCUUGAAGAUGUAUGACCCCAAAACCAGAAGCUUAAAUUAUUGUGGACAUAUCUACACACCUAUAUCCUGCAAAAUAAGAGACCUUCUGCCAGUCAUGUGUGAGAGAGCAGGGUUUCAGCAGGAAACUAGCCUUAUCCUCUAUGAGGAAGUAAAGCCCAAUCUAACAGAGCGGAUACAGGACUAUGAUGUCUCUCUGGACAAGGCCCUGGAUGAGCUCAUGGACGGGGACAUCAUUGUCUUCCAGAAGGACGACCCAGAGAACGACAGCAGUGAGCUGCCUACGGCCAAGGACUAUUUCCGGGAUCUCUACCACCGUGUGGACGUCAUUUUCUGUGACAAGACCAUCCACAAUGAUCCUGGCUUCGUGGUCACGCUUUCUAACCGUAUGAACUAUUUUCAGGUGGCCAAGACAGUAGCGCAGAGGUUGAACACAGAUCCCAUGCUGCUGCAGUUCUUCAAGUCACAGGG